UUCUUUCUAGAUAUCACUCCCAGUCCCACUUUCCCAGCUUCGGCUUCUGUGAAAAUAAGCUUCUCUUCUGUUACGACUCCUGCUAAUACAACUGCGGCUCCGAGUGUUGAUCCAGUUUCUUACAGCUUAGGCAUCACGAUCACUGAUAUCUUAUGGUCAUCAUGGAAUGAUGGAAUGACUGCUUUUUUCAAUUCUUGGAAAAUCGAACAAAUAAGGACUGAGAUAGAUUCACUGUACAAGUCUUCUUUUGGCCAAUACCAAAGUACUACCUUUAACGCCAAGUCGCAAGAUGGUAACUACACUCGACUCACCUUCAAAAUCAACUUUUCUCCCGGUACCACUCAUCCUGCAACCGAGUUAAAGACGCACUUUGGGAAGGAGACGCCGGGCGAAAUCAUAGCAAACCAAUCUUUCGCCAGGAACUCAAUCUCGGUCUCUGGAUUUGUCGCCCCACCCUUAAGGACACUGUUGUUCACCGUCACAAUAAGGGACGAACCCUGGAAAAGCAAUUACUCAAGCGAGAGGACACAGAGGGCAGUACUGAAAAACAAAUUGUAUAAGACUAACGAUGACUCAAGUUGGAUCAAGAAGUUGACAAACAUCUUGGGAAAUAUAAAAAGCUUUUAUGACAUGAGAGCACCAACAGACCCAGAGUUCAGCGAUGACGGUGGGUUCGUGAGGGCGUCUUUUGAGGCGCGCUUCACGAAAGCAAUCCCUGGAGAUGUGUUCGACAAGGAACCGGAUUUGUACCUAAGGGAUGGGGUCGAGCAGGGAAAGCUACAACUGGACCACAUUGUCUCAAUAGAGACUGCUCCAGGGCAUAAUCUUUCUGAGUGGAUGAACAUUGUUGGCCAGUGUAAGACCACUUUCGACGAUACGAUUGUUCAGAAUCGAAGCUGCGUGCUUGAUAACAACACUUUACUAAUGGUCGAAACACAGCGAGAAAUACCUUGUAAAUAUGGAUGCUCUAAACUCAACUGCACAGUUCGCCUUUUAACAUUCAAGAUAACUCUUGCAAAUGAGCCAUGGAAGUCCACUUACAGGAAUAUAAGCUACCCAGAGACCAAGGGGCUAAUGGACGAGUUACUCGAAGAGGUUCGCAAACUUUUAACAAGCAGCAGUUUGCCAUUUCUGCGGGCCACAAAGACUCCCUGGUUUACUGAUGUUGAUGGUAAAACUAGAGCUAAAUUUAGAGCCUACUUCAGCCUUGAACCCAACAAGGAGGACCCAGAAAGCUUUUUCAGGUUUCAUACAGAAAAUAAAAGACUUGGAAAAUUCACAAUUGACCCGAAGACAGUGGAGAUAACAGAAUUCACAACUGGUCACACGCUCCAAAAGUGGACUCACUCUGAUAACAGCUGCAAGACUUGCUGCGGUGGACCGCUGAUCCAAACACGAGGCUGCAGCAUUGCACCAUCUUGGACUAACGAUACAUGUUCCGGGAGACUGGUAACGAGGUCUAUCAAGUGCAACUAUGUGUGUUCUAAAGUCUACUGCGAGGACAAAAACGCGAGCCCUGGUAUCGUGCCGCCAAGUUUGACGCUGAUCCUGAUCACGAUGACCCUCUACACUUUGUGAGCAAGAUGACCAUAGAGGGAGCACCAUGCAAAUACCGGGCAAGUGAGAUUGAAAACUGCUUUUUUAAAGAAAAGGCAAUGUCUAGUGCAGCCGAGCCUAUGAAUGAUCUUGUAAAUAUCUAUAAUGUAAUUAGGAUCAAAGUAGCACAUAAUGCAUUUGGAUCUAGCUUAUGUAGUAAGCUGUAAAUAUAUCCUGCCAGCAUGGUUCCCUUGUGCCUGAAAUCUAAAACGAACUCGGAAAGUAGAGGCAUACCUGGAGAGCCCCUCCCUCCCCCCCCCCCCCCCCCCGAAUUAUGGGGUUAGGAAAGGGUGGAAUGUAGGGGCUGCCAAGGAUAUGCAAAUAUAAUACAAUUCAAAAAUCUAUAUCUAACAUAAAGUAUGUACCAAAACGAUAAUAAAAUACGAGAGAAACUUA